CCACUGGCCCGUGGGAGAGACAGGCUGCUGAGAUGAGCGCGGCGUGGGCUGCAGGGAGCCUUCUGGCUGCGAGCGCACAGGAUGAGCUAGCGGAUUUGCCAAAUGACUACCCCCUGAGCCCCACUGAAGACGAGAGGGACAAUGAUGGAGAACGAAAGCAUGAACAGCUUCUGGAAGCCAUCAGUUUCCUUGAUGGAAAGAAGAGGUGGAAAUUGGCUGAGAGAUCUGAGGCUAGUCUGAAGGUGUCCGAGUUCACUCUCAGUGCUAAAGGGUCAGGAGAAAGGCUAGUCCUUUCCGAUCUGCUGGAGCCCUUUAGAGCUUCACCCUCACUGGCCACUGUGAGAAAGCAACUGAACAGAGUCAGCGCAAAGAAGACUGUGGAGGUACCCUUUACCCAAGAGGAGGCUGAGCGAGCCCACAGAGAAGCGGCAUUCCGUGAAGCCUCCCAGGCCCUCUCCAGGUGGGACCCUGUCGUGCUGAAGAACCGACGGGCGGAGCAGCUGGUUUUCCCCCCAAGGAAGGAACAGGCGGCCUUUGCUCCCAUGGAACAUGUGCUCAGCGGCUGGAAGGCAGGAACUCCCCUGGAGCAGGAAGUUUUCAACCUCCUCCAUAAGAACAAACAGCCAGUGAGAGACCCUCUGCUGACUCCUGUGGAGAAGGCCUCUCUCAAAGCCAUGAGCCUGGAAGAGGCGAAGAGGCGCCGAGCAGAGCUUCAGAGGGCCCGGGCCCUGCAGGCCUACUACGAGGCCAGGGCUCGAAGAGAGAAGAGAAUCAAAAGCAAAAAGCAUCACAGAGUUCUGAAGAAAGGAAAGGCCAAGAAAGUUCUAGAAGAGUUUGAAAAGCUGUGGAAGGUCAACCCUACUGCCGCACUGAAAGACCUGGGAAAACUCGAAAAGGCCAGAAUGAUGGAGCGAAUGAGUCUUAAGCACCAGAACAGUGGAAAAUGGGCAAAGUCAAAGGCAAUUAUGGCCAAAUACAACAUGGAGGCUCGCUGGGCUCUGCAGGAACAGUUGGCCAGGAACAAAGAACUGACACAGAAACUCCACGUGGCCUCCGGAAGUGAGGAAGAGGAAGGAGGUACGGAAGAAGAGGGUGACAUCCUUGUCCCUGGUGUGGUGGGUAAGACACAGGUGACAGUAGAUGGACCUAACCCCUGGAUGGUCAGGAAUUGCUCUGGGGCCACAAAAGAGGCUGAAAGCCAGAAGGAGCCCAAACAGUGUCUGGAGCCCAAACAGUGUCCAGAGCCCAUGGCCGACGAGGCUCCUGAAAGUGAAGGAGAAGGAAGACCAGUGGCAGAGGAAGUUUUAUUGAAAGAAUUUGAAGAAAGACUAUUGCUCAGGACAAAGUCUGGACUCAACAAGGACGCCAGGCCAGUGGGCAGACAAGAAACAAAAGAUUCUAGCAGUCAAGAGGUGCUGUCUGAAUCGAGGGCACCAUCUCAGAAACUCAGUGUGGACCAUCAUCCAUCCAGGAAGCAAAACAUGGGCCCGGUAAAGACAGUUUUGCCCGUCCAGAGAGAAGGCCCCCCCGGGGAAGAAGAGGAGCCCUGGUUGCUGCAGAGGCCAGAGAGAGCAGGGGCUCUGGAAGAGCCAGAGGAGCGGGACGAAGGAGGAUGCUUUCAGGACAAGGAGCUUCCCAGGCCUGCGCUGCCAAGGCAGCAGCUGGGGAGGAAGCCGGAUGGACGGCCUGGUGCUCCCAAGGGGAAGGAAAGGAAGGAGCUCAUGAUCGACCUCCAGAGCAUCCUCACCACCAGAUCUGCUUCCGCGAAGUCCUUAGCUGUCCUCAUGACCAUGGAGGAGCUGGAAGGUGAACGGGAGAGAGAUCACGAACAAAUGAUAAAGGAAGCUUUUGCUGGGGACGAUGUCAUCAGAGACUUCUUAAGAGAGAAGAGGGAAGCCGCGGAGGCAAGUAAGCCAACAGACGUGGACUUGACUCUGCCUGGCUGGGGCGAGUGGGGCGGUGUGAGCCUGAAACCCAGUGCCAAGAAGAGACACCGGUUUCUCAUUAAAGCCCCUGAGGGUCCACCCAGAAAAGACAAGAACCUGCUGAAUGUGAUUAUCAGUGAGAAGCGAAACAUCCAUGCAGCAGCUCACCAGGUACGGGAGCUUCCAUACCCAUUUACCCACCAUCAGCAAUUUGAAAGGACCAUCCAGACCCCGAUAGGGUCCACGUGGAACACCCAGAGGGCCUUCCAAAAGCUGACUAUGCCCAGGGUCGUCACCACAGCAGGCCAUAUCAUUAAGCCUAUAAAAGCAGAGGGCGUGGGCCUCUGGUCUUCCUCAAGGCUGGACCUCUCUGACCUACAGAGGAAUCCAAAACGACUCUCCAGACGUCACCGAAAACAGCUGAAGAAAAGCUCCCAGCAUUGA